GAUCUAGAGAGAGAAAGAAAAAAAAAGAAGCAAUGUUUAGCCAAAGCUUGUUUGAGGAUCAUCAAGAUAUGUCAACACAACUAGGAUUUUUCUCUUUUCCUCCAAAUUGCAACAAUAUGGGCAUAAGUAGUAGUACUACUACUUCAAGUACUACUCUACCAUUUAUUGGAUACAACCAAAAUACUCUAAAAACCCUCACUAUGAUCCCUCCCUCUUUUGAUCAUAAUUCCUUAAAUAUUGAAUCUACACAUGAUCCAAGGCACAAAGAGGACCUUACUACUUCUAUUUUUGGAGGACCCCAUCUUCUUUCCUUGCAAAAAUCCAAUCCAAAUACAUGGGCAUGGGGAGAAGUGCAUGAGAGGAGCAAUAUUAUUAAGAGAUCAAGGGAAUUUGAUCUUGAUCAUCAUAAUUUAGGGGUUUCAUCAAUUAAGAUGAAGAAGUUCAAAUCAUCAAGAAGAAAAGUAAGAGAACCAAGAUUUUGUUUCAAGACUAUGAGUGAUGUGGAUGUGUUGGAUGAUGGUUAUAAAUGGAGAAAAUAUGGACAGAAAGUUGUCAAAAAUACUCAACAUCCCAGGAGUUAUUAUCGAUGUACACAAGAUAAUUGUAGAGUUAAGAAACGAGUGGAAAGAUUAGCAGAAGAUCCAAGAAUGGUGAUUACAACAUAUGAAGGGAGACAUGUUCAUUCUCCAUCACAAGAUGAAGAGGAUUCACAAGCUUCAUCACAACUUAAUAAUCUCUUAUGGUAGUUUAAAAAAAAAUAUAUGGCCAAGUCUUUUUAUAUAAUAUACUCAAUUUUAAUAUUAACCCUCUUUGGUUUUUUCAUGUAAUGGAAAUUAGGUUUCAUUAAUUUCCUAGUUUACUAAUGAUGGAUGCUUAACUAUAAAAUCCAAUGUGUAAUUUGUUAUGUGGACCACUACUAGACUUUGCUCUUUAGUUUGUUGGGCCUCAUGCCUCUUACUAUAUUGUAAUUUGAAGGCAAAAAAAUGAGAACUAAAUUUGUGGUCUUAUAUUUCAUAU